AUGGCGGAAUGCAAAGAGAGCGCUGCCAUCGAUGGUGGCGUCAUCGAAAAAACGGCCUCGACCACGAUAGCGACGACAAGCACCAUGCUGUCUCCCGAGGAAGACAAAAGACUUUUACGAAAGAUUGAUCUUUGUCUGCUGCCUAUUUUGGCCGUGUCAUACAUGUUCCAAUAUCUUGACAAGUCAGCAUUGAGCCUGACUGCCAUCUUGGUGUUUACUAUUUUGGCGUCAAUCUUGAUCUGGGGAUGUAUCCUGAUUAUGACGCCGCUUUGCUUCAACAGCGCUGGUCUCCUCGCGAACCGCUUCUUCCUGGGCGCAACGGAAGCCGCCAUCGCGCCGGGACUGGGUGUUCUGGUUUCAAUGUGGUAUAAGCGUUCUGAGCAACCCCUUCGGCAUGCCGCAUGGUUUCUCGGUAAUACUUUCGCGGGGAUGGUUGGAAAUUUGAUGGGCUACGGAAUCGGCCACAUUCACACCAUCGCAUCAUGGAAGGCCGUCUUCGCCAUUUUCGGAGCUGCGACAGUUGCAUGGGGUGUUGCCAUGGUCAUGGUACUGCCCGACGUUCCAAACAAGGCGUUCUUCCUGAGCAAAGAGGACCGCGAGAAAGCCAUCCUUCGUGUCCAGGAGAACAUGACGGGCAUAAAAAACAAUAACAUCAAGUGGCCGCAAGUGCGCGAGGCUCUGACCGACCCAAAGGCAUGGAUCCUUGUUCUGAUUCAACUCUGCUCCAACAUUCCGAACGGCGGUGUUGCCAGUUUUGGUCCAAUUAUCAUCCAAGGCAUGGGGUUCAGCACCUUUUCGACAUUGCUUCUCAACAGUUUAAGCUACGUUUUCCAAGCCGCCUUUGUUCUGAUUGCGACAAUCGGCAGCACGUACCUGCGCAACACCCGAACACUUUGGAUAGCCUGGGGGUUUUCGAUGUCGCUUGCCGGCGCAAUCAUGGUCCGUGUUCUGGAUCCAUCUCAAAGGUGGUCUCGUUUCAUCGGAUAUUCCUUUUUGCUCGGAUACGUCUGCUCCUUUCCGCUUAAUAUUUCCAUGAUUACUAGCAACACCGGAGGCUUCACGAAAAAGAUGACCAUGAAUUCCAUGAUCUUCAUCGCCUAUUGCGUUGGAAAUAUCAUUGGACCGCAGCUUUUCUUUGCCAGAGAGUCCCCGAAAUAUACAUCUGGCUUCCUAGCCAUGUUGGUGUGCUACGCGGCAGGCAUAGUUUUGUGCAUGGUACUUCGGUUCUAUCUCGUGUGGGAGAACCGUCGCCGCGACAAGGCAGCGGGCGGUGCAGUGCAGCUAGUCGAUACCGAAGCUAUCAACCAAGCUGAUUUGACGGACAAAGAGAUUGCAGAAUUCAGAUACGUCUAUUAG